AUGGCCGCCCACCGCGCCGACGAGAGCUCGUUCCUGGAUAAUCGCGGCUACAAGGGUCCCCUGAUCCGCGGGGUCAAUCCAGCCACCCUUUUCGAAAAAGCCGUCCGCGACCGUAUCACCGACUCAUACUACUGGAAGGAACAAUGCUUCGGUCUGAACGCGGCAACUCUCUGUGAUCGCGCAGUCGAGCUGACCUCCAUCGGUGGUACCUACGGAAUCUCCGAAAAGCCCACGCCCUUCCUGUGCCUCGCUUUCAAGCUCCUGCAGCUCGGACCAGACCGUGAUGUCAUUCUCGAGCUCCUCAACUACACCGACCCCGGCAGCGGCGAGGAGGGAGAGAACCCGGACGACAAUGUCGUGAAAGACCACGGCGAUUUCAAGUACCUGCGUGCCUUGGCGGCGUUCUAUGUGCGAUUAACCUUUGAUGCGGUCGAUGUCUACAAGACACUGGAACCCCUUCUCCUCGAUUACCGGAAAUUGAAACGACGGGUGCGCGACACAUUCACACUCACGUAUGUGGAUCAAUUCGUCGAUGAUCUUCUCACCAAGGAUCGUGUGUGCGGUACAAGUUUGUGGAAGCUCCCGCCUCGAGCACAGUUGGAGGAUUUGGAGAUGCUGGAUGAACGCAUCAGCCCGCUGGCAGAUGAGCUGGAGGAAUUGGACCGAGAGAAUGACGAAAAAGAGGCCGAGAGAAGCAGAGAGAAUAGCCAUGCGGAAUCUUCGAAGGAUGAGGAUCCUAAGAUGGACCAGAGUGACGAUUGA